AUGGAUGCUGUUAGCCAUCAUAAUAAAGCGCAUUCCAUGACUCCAGGCGUGCUUUCUGAAACCAUUUCAUCAACGACAGUAUUGCCUCCUACUUCAAUAAGAGAUAUCACGGCAUUAAUAUUUAUUUUACUAGCAUUACCCCAAUCAGUUUCUUGUAUAAUAUUAACAACAUAUAUUUUAUCGGGGAGUACCAAAUUCCUUGGCGGGAGGCUAAUUGUUAAACAUUUAUUACGAAGGAAUCGAUAUCAUGACGAUUUCUAUAAUGAGAGAUCUGACAAUUAUGAAUUUUCCCGAAAGAACUUGAACUACAAGUCAAAGUUGAUUGGUUCGGCAUUACAGGCAUUCUCUAUAAAUGCAAUCAUCUUAUUAACUAUUCAUUAUUUUUUCCCUAAAAGAUGGCUUCAAUACUUAUCUAUAUUUGCAAAAUCCAUCAUAGCUUCCGAGUUGAUAGGAUCCUCCACAACUAACUCAACAACCAUUACAUCAAUCACAUCAACAACUACAACAAAUACGACUACUACAACUACCAUAAAUAAUAAAAAGAUAAAUCCAAAUAAUAGAAUUACAUCCGAAAGCAAGUAUUUCAACAAUCAUAUCUGGAAUGCAGUUGUUUGCUUCAUUACAGUCCUAUAUAUUAGUUAUAUAAUGCAGAACUGGUUAUUGCUUAUAGAUAUGAAUCAAGUUCAGUACUUGUUUUCGAAUCUUGCCUACGAUAUGAGACUGUUUAUCAAGCAUCCAAUAUUGAUAUUCAAUCCUAAUACCCAUACAAACUUAUUAUCCCAGCUUUUCCAUGCUGUUUCGCCAUUUUUAUUGACUUCACGAAUAUUUAGUGGUUCAAAACAUACAUCCAAGAAUAAUAUCAACGUACAGUACUUUUUAAAUGGUGGGCAUUACAUAGAUCCAUCACUCAGUCAUAAUUGGUCAUAUAACAUUAUAAUGCGUAUCUUGAAGUCCAAUUUUAAGUUGAAUGAUACUUCGCUUAUUAUUGUAUCGAAAAGCUUGACAACUUUUUCGAUGAUAAUAAAUUACGUUAAUUUAGUCUUAUGCAUUCAUGUCAUUAUUUUAACUAUUUCCCCUAUUUUGAAGAAAACGUUUUUAUUAAAACGUUAUUCCAAGACAUUAGAUCAUUUAUCAAAUUUAACUCCUAACGUUCCAAUUGAUUUUAAGAGAAAUUAUUUGUCUAAAAAUAUGCUCUCAUCAAACCCUGCAGCAAAUUUGUCUGUUGUAUCAUUAAAUGAGGCUUCAUCCACUUCAGAUACUCUACCAAUAGUUGUAAAUGUUGAAGAACCAAAAAAUGAUAUGCUUGAGGUAGAAAUAUCUCAUUCUAUAUCGAACUCGUCGCCUUGUGCUAAAGACGAAAGCUUAUCUAAAUCAAAUUUUUCAUCAGCUGCAGCAGAGAAUUUUCAAACAUUUUGUAUCACUCCUUUUACGAAUAAAUUACCAAACUCCAACUACACUCUCAAGUCACAUAAAUUGGUAAAUUUAACUGAUCAUUCUACAUCGAAACCCAAUAAGCAGAUCCAGGCUCAUGCUUUAUCCCAAAACCAAACACAACACCCGACACCAAAUUCCACCACUAUAAUCGAUAAAAACCUCAUCAAUGUUACAUCGACCCAACCUUUUUGGGCUGUUCUUGCUGCAUGCAAAGCAAUGUUUAAAAAGCCUAGUUUGUUUGCAGGAGAUACUACCAGAUGUAAAAAUAACGGAGGCAAGUUUAUCACAUCAACAAAUCGUUCCUUCGAAACUAUGUUGUCUACUAUUUUUAUAGACGACACCAGAGUAGUUUUUAAAGUUCUAGAGGUUGAAAUUUUUGAACUGAUCGUGCCUGAUUUGACACGUCUCAGUGUGAAGGUUAAUGGUAUUAGAUGGGCACAUAUGGAUAUUUAUGAGGGAUUGAUUGAAAAUGAAAAGGCCCUUUUUAUUUGCGUGUAUGGCUUAAACCCAUUAUUCCAAUAUGAAAUUGAUCUUUAUGAACAGAAUAAGGAAGGGAACUUAUUGGCUCAUUUCAUUAUCAAUACUGUUUCCUCAAGUACCAAAGCUAUUUUGAACAAGUCUCCGGAAAUCACGUCUUUGAUGACUUUGCAGUCUAGUUUGAUGUCUACUAUUGAAAAUUUGAAUCAAUUCAAAACCAGAUUCAAGAGACUAAAAAAGGAGGAAAAUAAAAAAAUAUCUGAUGCGAAGAAAGAUAUAGAUAAUUUAAAGAGUAAGAUAUCGAAAUACAGCCACAAGCAAUCUAAUGAUGGCAGAAUUUCUGGUAAAUUGAAAGGGUUGCAGCAUUCUGUUAUUCAAUUAGAAAAUGAAAUUAAGGAUUUAAAGAACGAAUUGCAGAGAUCUGACUCAUUGCGGCAAGAAAGCGAAUCAAAUUUCAAAGUUGAAGAAACCAAAUUGCUAGAUGAGAUUGACCAACUAAAUCAAUUUAUAAAUGAAUACGAAUCUUCCAUGAAUGAAUACAGAUCAAAAUUGAAAAGCAUUGGGUAUGAAAAGCAGCAAUUCUUAACGAAGAAAAAUAAGUUAGUUAGUAAAAAGGAGGCAAGAAAUGAAGAAUUACAGAAGAUUUCGAACGAUAUUAAGUAUUUAAAAAAGAGUGGCAUUAUUGGGAAACUCCAUAGAAGAAACAAAAAGGUUCAAGAAAAAUACGACUUUAUUUUACCAAAAGUAAUAAAUGCAACUGCAGAUUUACAAAAGGAAUUUGAAGAAUUCUUAUUAAGCGGUAAUAAUGUCAGUGGGGAUGAAAUGAUUUCAAAUUGUGAAUAG